CUUGUUGUAUGGGAACCGCUUCUAAACAAAUUAUCUCAAAGAAAACAACCCCAUCCCUUUUUCUCUCUUCAUUGCAGUCAUUGCAAGGGCUCAACAAAAUCAAGUAGAUUUGCGACGAAUUGAGGAAAAAGAGCCUUUGCCUAAAUCUGCGACCUUCACACAUUAUUAGUGUGAAGGAAUUAUUAUUUCUUUUGCCUUUCAGUCUUAUAGGGGUGGGGGUGGGGAUCAGUGAUAAUAAUGUAAUUUACCAGUCAAGUACUGAAAGGUCGUUAUAAUAUUAAUAAUAAUAAAUGCCCUUUUUUCUCCCUGACCCCUUCAAUAAUAAUAAUAAAAUUGGAAUUUAUGCUUUGUGCCUAUAGGAAAAACCGGUGUCGAUAAAAUAAAGUAUCAACAGAUAUAAUUACCGACUGUACACCGACAACUAGCAUUUGUAUUUCGUCAAGAAUUAUUGUUAUUAUAAAAAUCUGUAGUCUUAAUUUCUCAUCCUUCGGUAAUUUGCCUUGACAGAUUUAUAUUUUGUUCUCGUCCAAUUCAUUUGGUGCGCUGGAUUGUUUGGCCAGCAGACAUAGCUUACUACGUAGUGCUUGUUGCUUGACCUGACUCUAUCUGGAGUCACCUCCUCAUUUAUCUGUCUUCCUCAGUCUAACCUAAUGUCAUUCAUUCUUUCGUCGACCUGUCAAGCAAUUUGUACGAUACUGUACCUUCUAAAAUCGUAACAUACCCUUCCUUCCUUCCCUGUCAUAUAUUCUUUUCAAAACACAAAAUACCUGUUGUGCAUAGAAAGACUUUUCAAACAAACAUAGUAUUUUCUUUCACACGUUAUAGUCUAACACACACAAACAUACAUGUUUCUUAAAUCAUUUCCCUUCUGUAUUCAACCUCUGUAACCUCACACUACACCUCGUCGCCUUCAAUUCAAUUCGCUCACCUCAUGCACCCACCCACCCAUUCAUUCCUCAGCUACCUUUUACCAUUCCGAACCAACUGGUGAUCCACUUAUGCGGUGACAUGACCUGUAAGUAGAAAUAACAGUUACCGUUCCCCCAACACACACUCUAACAUCUUUCACAAAAGAAACAGUUUACAUUCCAUAACGUAGUUUUAGAUACUAAAAGACAGUGUGGUCACGACUGGAGCUGGUCUGGUACCAAGCAACAUAAUCUCCUUCCCCCCCACUACUCUACAUCACGUUUUAUCGCCACCCUCUCGCAUCACCUCAUAAGUUUAUCACUUUCAUUCAGUUCGCUCCAAUUCUGAACUUAAUUUCUUUUAUUCUUCCACCUGUAACCCUACAUUCCAUUCCUUCUUCAGAGAUCUCACCCCCGCCUCCAUCACGGGUCCUACGACCACUACACCGGUCACACGUCUCUUCAUCCAAUCCAUAUCACUUUACCUCUGCGUAAAAAGUAUUCUCACAAAACACAUUUGGACACCCAUCAAGCCUACGCUCAAACAAUUUUGACUUGGAGCUAAAUGACAUCCAACCACAUAGUCACUAUAUCCAAAUAGGCUUGCACUCGAGUGAUAUACUGUAAAAAAAAAUAACCAACAAAAGCAAAAAAGACAAUAGUCAUAUUCUAUUCAAUUCAUCAGGUCACUCUUUCAUCCUCUCUUAAGCACCCGUUCUUGUUCACCUGUAGCCGAACCAUACAACUCACCACCUACCCUAUUCUCAUCCACUUUAUUCCCCUCCACGUAGGCCAAAAACAGCAACACCCUGACCCGACAUAUACACUACCACAAACUUCCGCCUACGUGGUUGCUUGAUAAAGAUAUCACACCCAUCGUCUUAAUAAAGACAUUGCAUUAUGUAGUCCUAGAUUUAGUAAAAGAAAAAAAAAAAAGGAUGGUCCUGGCUGGAAUGCCUUUGGUGGUACGUUUUGUUAAUCGAAGUUGAUUUCAAGUUAAACAACUCUACUUAUCAUCACUUACGAGUCCAUCAUAUACACACAUCAAUAGAACCAGCGCCUCUUUUGCUUUCAGAGCCAUCUGUCUGCUCCCAUAUAUUUUCCUGUUUGCUGACUUCGCUCUGAUUUUCUCGUUUGAACACCAAGGUUGAGGUUAGGGUUAACCGGCGACCUGCCGCUCUCUUCUAGUCCGUCCAAUCUACUUCACACCACUUUACUCUGUCCAUCUUUUUUCUUCCCCUCUUUUGGAAGUUUGUCCCGUGAGCUGGUCAGAUAUUUCAAAGCUCUUCUUAAAUUAAUUCUUCACUUCCUCCAAGCAUUCAACAACCGUUACGAUCAACAAUCACAGACAAGGGGGGGACCGAAGAGACCAUAUGCUGCUGCUAAAAACUCCAUCUUAAAGAGAGAGGUCUCUUCACGUCGUUUGUCUAUACUCCCCUACAACCACCAUAUAUAUACAUACCACUGGUCUUUGCUGUCAUCACGACCCACCGCCGCCCCUGCAGCGUGUCCUCCACCACUACAAUCUACACUAUCAUUACAGAUACUGUUAUCAAUAUCGCCUCCGCCACUUCCACAAAUUCUAUUACAAAAGCACACACAAAAAGUAUCUACAUUCGCCGUCACUAACAACCACUCGUUCACUCCUUCAGUCGCUUUCAUCGUCACAUUAGUCAACAGCAACACACCGGGAACAUCGUAAAUAACAACAGCCGCCACAACGUUUGCCACGUUACCGACCUUUUUCAUAACACUACAACAGCAACUGACACUCUCUACUAAACCACUACUGCCAUCACAGCAAUCACAAUAAUCAUAAUAAGGCCAUCACUACUGCUACUGCUGCUAUCACCAGAGUCAGAAAAGCUUAUCCUCACAUACAUAUCUGUCUCACAUUAACUCUUAUCCAUAUCCUAUGUCCGCGCAGUCGUCGCGUUUUAACACUGCGAGGUCAACUUCGUGGUUGGGUGGCGGCGGAGGCCCUCCUGGCUCCGCUGACCUUCUGGACUGUGUCUUCCGCCCCCUGUUGGCCUGCUCCAAGAUGAAGAAGUAUAUGGCCCUGUGGGGCUCUCUCUUCUUUUUCGUCAUAUGUGUCUCUCUCUAUCUGAUGAUGGAGACCGUCAACAUGAACAGCAGAGCCAAUGUUAGGCUGGCAGACUUUGACGAGAAUGACUUCAACUCUAUCGAGUCCCAAAUCCACAAAGUGGAACAGGAUAUUCACAAGAAUCAUGGAACCAUCCGAGAAAUCAAAAAGAUACUGCGACACAUUGCCAAUGGUGACAAGUCUAGUAUUACAAAGCUGAAACACUUGUUUGAGAAUGAGGACUUGGAUGACUCCAACAAAGACAGUGACUCAAUUGAUGACCUCUGGGACUCAGACUACAAGGGCUUGCAACCGCAAAAACCAUUGCCAGAGGUAGUCAUCCCAGAUGGUGUUUGUCCAGCAUUCAGAACAGAGUCAAAAACACAGCGUAAGAUUCGCAAUGCCUAUGAUGUCAUCCCAUUUGACAACAUUGAUGGUGGUGUGUGGAAGCAAGGUUGGAAUAUAACCUAUCCCACCAACCACUGGGAGAACCGGGACAAUCUUCAGGUGUUUGUUGUGCCCCAUACUCACUGUGACCCAGGUUGGUUAAAAACUUUUGUUGGCUACUAUCAACAACAAACUAAGGGUAUAUUUGAGAAUAUGUUGGUGAAACUGGAGGAGAUGCCAGACAUGCGAUUGAUUUAUGCAGAGAUGUCCUUCUUCUCAAUGUGGUGGGAUGAAAUCAGCCCUGAGAAACGAGCCCGAGUUAAGAAGCUUAUUAAUAAUGGCAAAUUGGAAAUUGUGGCUGGAGGAUGGGUAAUGACAGAUGAAGCGAAUGCACACUACUAUGCCAUGAUAGACCAGAUGAUUGAAGGACACACUUGGCUGAACGGCACCCUGGGUGUAAAACCUCAGGCUGGCUGGUCUAUUGACCCAUUUGGACUGUCUCCAACCAUGGCAUACCUACUGAAACAGAUGGGUCUAAAGAACAUGCUGAUUCAAAGAGUUCACUAUUCUGUCAAGAAAUACUUAGCAAAGAAGAAAGAACUGGAAUUUCUCUGGAGACAGGAAUGGGUUGCCUCAACAGGUCUUCGCAAGUAGAGUUUUGUGUCCCAAGAAGUAAAG